AGGUGCUAUGAAGAAAGAAAAGUAUGUCAGAGAAAUGAGAAAAACGGUAUUUCAGUUAUUUUUCCUCUCCUUUAGGGCAGAGCCUGACUGACGUUCAUUCAUUUCUCAACUACACAGAAUUCUCAAAAGCCUCUCACCUAGAAACCCAGAAGUGUCCAGACCAUUAGUUUUCCUCUAACAUUUGUUGCAAAAAAUGUCAACUGCUUUACAGAGUACUAAGAGGAUCAUGAAAGUACGAUAGUUAAUAGGGUAUGGAGCCAGUGACAGGCUAGGAUCAAGCAACCUUCUAAAAGAGGCAGCUCUAACUAAGGCAAUUACUAUUAUAAAUGGAAAAAGGAAAAAGAAAGUGUUUGUUAGCCAGUAGCAACACCAUUAAAGCAGCCAGUCACCCAGCAAAACCAUUCAGCCCACUAUGGCAGUUGUGUGGUAUCUCAAAAUAAACUGCAUGUGUUUGCUUUCAUUGCUUUCCAGCUGGACAUUCAUUAUUUCUCAAACUGUGCCCAGGCAGGGAAAGGUGAAAUCAAAAGGAAAGACUUGGGGGACUUCUGUGGGCUCCACAGCAAGGGAAGAAGAUCGUUUUAUUGAUUUUGUUCCAGACCAGACUGGGCCUCAGUUUUCAGAGGUAGUGCUGGAGGUGUGUCCAAUACAGGAGCAGAAUUGUUCCUCGAGAAGAAUGAUGACCAUAGAUCUGAAGGUGGCUGAGUACUUGAACCCUCAGAUCAGGACUCUGUGGGAGACCAAGGGACCUGUGACAGGGAGUUCCAGUCAGCAUAAGAAAUAUGCCCCCCAAACGGACAGUCCCAGUCCUGAGAGGUCUCACCAGCACUUCCGGAGCUUCCUCUAUCAUGAAGCAGCUGGACCCCGGGAGGCUGUUGACCAGCUUCUGGAAUUAUGCCGUCAGUGGUUGAGGCCAGAGAUUCAUUCAAAAGAGCAGAUCUUGGAACUUGUGGUGCUAGAGCAGUUCCUGUCCAUUCUGCCCAGGGACACCCAGACCUGCAUAAAGAAGCACCAUCUACAGAGCAUUGAGGAGGCUGUGGUCCUGGUAGAACACUUGCAGAGGGAAUCUGGUCAAACGAGGAAUGGGGUUGCAGACCAUGAGCUGGGAAAGGAGGCAGUGCUCUUGGGAGAAACAGCAGAGGUCCCAGGCUUCAAGCUGAAGCCAGCAGAGGCCCAGCAAGUGGGCAUGUCCCAGGAUGAAGAAUUUUGGAAUACACACCAGAGUCUACAAGAGCUGCUGAUCAGGAAUACCCACAAAGAAACUGAGCCUGUAUGUGAGAGGGAAAUGAGCCUAGGAUAUUCAGAAACAGAAGCGAGAGAGAUUUCCUGUGGCUCUCCUUCACUCACAGCGGUGUCUGCUCACCGGAUCCUAGCCUUUCCUGAGCAGACAAACACCAAAGACUGGACAGUGGCACCUGAGCUCAUCUUGUCUGAGUCCCAGAGCUUGUUGACCUUUGAAGAAGUGGCCAUGUAUUUUUCCCAAGAAGAAUGGGAGUUACUGGAUCCUACUCAGAAGGCCCUCUACAAUGAUGUAAUGCAAGAAAACUAUGAGACUGUCAUCUCUCUAGAACUGAGCCUAGGAUGUUCAAAGACAGAAGGGAGAGAAAUUUCCUCUCACUCUUCUACAGCGGUGCCUGCUCACCAGAUCCUAGCCUUUCCUGAGCAGACAAAUGCCAAAGACUGGACAGUGGCACCUGAGCUCGUCUUGCCUGAGUCCCAGAGCUUGUUGACAUUUGAAGAAGUGGCCAUGUAUUUUUCCAAGGAAGAAUGGGAGUUACUGGAUCCCACUCAGAAGGCCCUCUACAAUGAUGUAAUGCAAGAAAACUAUGAGACUGUCAUCUCUCUAGCAUUAUUUGUGCUCCCCAAACCUAAAGUGAUCUCCUGUCUAGAGCAGGGGGAAGAGCCGUGGGUUCAAAGAUCCCUGGAGUUCAAGGACAAUUCUGGAGAGCUGCCUACAGCAGGGCUAAAGCUCAAAAAUGACACUGAAAAUCUUCAGCCUCUAUGUCUUUCUGACUUAGAAAUACAAGUACCAGUAGAUAUAGCAUCAAAAAAGGCCAGAUUGAAAGUUCCCCAGAAAACAAUGGGCAAAGAAAAUCAUGGUGAUAUGCAUAGGGUGGGGAAAUGGCACCGAGAUUUUCCAGUGAAGAAAAAAAAGAAACUUUCAACCUGGAAACAAGAGCUGCUGAAACUUAUGGAUCUUCACAAAAAAGAACGUGCAGGAGAGAAGCCUUUUAAAUGCCAGGAAUGUGGGAAAAGCUUCAGAGUUAGCUCUGACCUUAUUAAGCACCAAAGAAUUCACACUGAAGAGAAACCAUAUAAAUGUCAGCAGUGUGAUAAGAGGUUUAGGUGGAGUUCAGAUCUUAAUAAGCACUUAACGACACACCAAGGAAUAAAACCAUAUAAAUGCUCAUGGUGUGGGAAAAGCUUCAGUCAAAAUACAAAUCUACACACACACCAAAGAACUCACACUGGAGAGAAGCCCUUUACAUGUCAUGAAUGUGGAAAAAAAUUCAGUCAAAAUUCCCACCUUAUUAAACACCGGAGAACUCACACAGGUGAGCAGCCUUAUACCUGUAGCACAUGCAGGAGAAACUUCAGCAGACGCUCAAGCCUUCUUAGACACCAGAAACUCCACCAGUAAAGGGAAGCUUAUUCAGUGUCCUCAGUCUGAAGAAAUUCACCAAGUGGAGCUGGACCUUAAAGUUAUGAAAAGUACAAAAUUAUGAAGCAUGAAGAAUUUUUCAUCAGUGGAAUUUUUCAUCAGGAAACUUUGGGAAAUAAACAUGUUUCACAGAAGGAAUCAAGGUUGAGUCUGCAGGGAAUGUGUUAGUAGUUGUACUACUUGCUGUUUUUACUAAAACUUUCAGGGAUUUCCUUAGCAGGAGAGGUGUUCGAAGAACAUUCAGAGUAAAGGGAAAAGCUGUUUUGGGACUGUAUUUGGCAGAAUAGCAAAUGCAGCUUCAAAUAGUGGAUGCAGCCAUGAAUUCUUCUGUGGUCACAGAGGUGAAUAUUGUUGGUUUGCAUUGAUUUCCCCAGCCACUCUUAAACAUACAUGUUAGAAACAUUUGUAGCAUGGUCUUCCAAAACAGAAAGCAAUAAUAUGAUGUUUAAUUGCAUAGCAUUGUCUUCCAGGUUUACCAAUUUCAGUAAUCUCAUGGGCAGAAAUGAAUUCUAAUGUAAAAUUUUUGAAGAACCAAAUUGGAUUUUCUUAACUGUCCCAUCAUCGGGUACUGUUCACAAAUUUGGACAUUGUUUGAGUUCCUUUUUUAACUUUUUAGCAAAUUCAGCUCUGGAAUACUAUUAGUACAGUUUUUACUGUGAUGAAAUCAUAUUUACUUCACCAAUAGGGAAUCUGCCCAGGUGAACUAAUCACUAUUGUAUGCCUCUCUGGUGGUGGAUGGAAAAGGGAGAACACCUCUAAGAAGGAGAUAAUAUGGAAACGGGUUGGAAUCUUUAGCCAUGUAAAGAAGAAUUUUCUCGAGUAAAAGAAACUAGACUGUUUACUUACGUCACUAUAUCAAUAGGAUAAAACAGCCAUAAAAAUGAGCACUUUUCCAAGGUCUAAAUGGAAAUUAAUGGCAAUUCAGGAUCACCUUCUCAGGUUUUUAUCUGUUUGCAUUUUAACUUGGCUUUUGUAUGUCAUUAAGAACAAGGAGGGCUUCCCUGGUGGCGCAGUGGAUGAGAGUCUGCCUGCCGAUGCAGGGGGACACGGGUUCGUGCUCCGGUCCGGGAAGAUCCCACAUGCCGCAGAGCGGCUGGGCCCGUGAGCCAUGGCCGCUGAGCCUGCGUGUCCGGAGCUCCGCAACGGGAGAGGCCACAACAGUGAGAGGCCCGCAUACCGCAAAACAAACAAACAAAAAAAGAACAAGGAGAGGGUUAUAUUUGUCUGGGAACUGGAGUGUUUACUGCACCAGGAUCCUAUGGGUCACAGGGCAUGUUACUCUGGGAAUCCAGUGAGCAGGAGACCAGUUCCCAAAAGCAAAGAUUUGGGAGAGGAUGCUGAGUGGUAGACAAGGACGGACAAAUACACAUGUAUGUUGGUUGACUUACAUUGUAACUGUUAAACAGGAAGGGUCAUCCUUCUGUUUUCUCCAUCGUAUCAUGUAACAGCCUUAGUGUACACAUUUGAUAGAUUGCAGAAAAUCUCUGUAGGCUGUGGAUUUUCUUGUAGCUCCACCUUUUAUCUACAACAGUGAUGCAGAUGUGUUCCUGAUAGAGCAUCUAGGUGUAAUCAGGAAAGGAGUUAAACAAGGAAGUAAGAGAUCCAGAGGCUUGUUAAGACCCCAUAGCUAGUGGGUCUGUUGGCUGUCACUUAGCUGCAUCAGUCAGGCCUGAGGGCAGGAUUAGCAGGACUGAUCUGUAUGUUGUUCCUGCCCAGCCAGCCUGGAUGACAUUGUAUUGUGUCUAUUUCUAUUUCUAGCUUGUAAAACAUUCUUGUUUCUUGAUUGGUUACUAAAACACUCUUAAAUCUCCAGUUUCCAUAUGAAAUAGAGAUAACACUCAACUCAGGGUUUUUCUGGGGAUUAGAGGGGUUGAUGAAGGAAAAGCACCUAUCGGCCUGGGAAAUAGCAGGGUCUCAGUCAGUGUGCGUGUCCUUCCCUUUCCCCUGGUCCCCAGUGGUAUGUUGGGUGGACUGACUACAUUAAAGGAGCAGAUGCAUUUGUGGCUGUUGCAGCUCCUUCCAGGAGCUGAGCACUCGUGGUGGUGGUUUGCUCGGUUGAUUCGGUCCUUGGCUUCAGUGCUUUAUGGUGUAAGUCACCUGAGGUUUUGGUCUGCCGCUUUCAGCAGGAUUUCAUUUUCUUCUCUUAAGAUAACUGUACCAGUAUACCAGUGUGCUUAUUUUUUAAGCUCGGCCAGCUCUGCAGCUCUGGUCUGCAUAGAUCUUACCCAACAGUCUCAGCCUUACACCCCUGGGACUCUGUUUCUUCUCCCAAGUUAUACAUACGGAUUUCUUGCUGACAUUACAUUCAUUCAUUCAAUUUAAUGAGGGCCUAUUAUGUACCCAGGUAGUCUUUUAAACUAAGGAUAUAGUAGUGGACAAGGAGACAAAAUGCAUAUCCUCAUGGAGCUUGUAUCCUAGUGAACAGUAAGAAGGGAGUGGUUAGACAUUUUUCUCCUUGCAGUUACACAGGAUCCUGAGAUAGUUUUGAGCAGUAGGUUGUCUGCAGAACUCUCACUUCUCAGCGUAAGCAUUUAUUUUUUGGUGCAGGACUCUCUAAUGCUGUCUUUUCCUGCCUCAGUCAUAUAAGCACAUACAGAGAGAGGGGUCACAAGUCAGAACAGUCUGGAAUGCCGAGCCCCCCACAUUGUGGAGGGGUAUCUGUUCUAGAGAGUCUCCCAGACCUAUAAUGGACUCUGUAGGAAUAAGAAGUCAACUUUUGUUGCGUUAAAUCACUGGGAUGUUGGUGCUGUGUGUUUCUGCAGCAUAACGUGGCCUGUCUUGUUGGAAAUGCUAGAACAGAUCCAGCACUUGCUGGAUGACAUAUGUAACCCAGCAGAUGUUGACAGUCUUCUUGAAAUAGGAGAGAUGUGAACCUUAGGAUGAAACUAACACCAUAGAAGGCAGAGCAGGUUUUAGAGACACCACUGAGCGGUAGGAUCAAGAAUCACCUGACACCUAGAAUUGCCCAGGACUUUUUAGGGACACAAAUCUAUAUGUUUCCUCUUAUUGUUUAAACCAGAGUGAUUGGGGUUUCUGUUCAUUGUAACAGAAAUCAUUCUAAUACAUAGAACAAUAACUGAUUUAAGAUAAUAUAUGUAGGAGACAAACAAUGUUCUUAUAUAUGCCUAUUUAAAAGCUUUCAUUAUGGGGCUUCCCUGGUUGCGCAGUGGUUAAGAAUCCACCUGCCAACGCAGAGGACACGGGUUCAAGCCCUGGUUGGGGAAAAUCCCACAUGCUGCGGAGCAUCUAAGCCUGAGCGCCACAACUACUGAAGCCAGCGUGCCUAGAGCCCAUGCUCCGCAACAAGAGAAGCUACCGCAAUGACAAGCUUGCGCACUACAACAAAGAGUCGCCCCCACUCGCCGCAGCUAGAGAAAGCCUGUGAGCAACAAUGCAGCCAAAAAUUAAUGAAUUAAUUAGUUAAAAAAAACUCAUUACAGAAAUUAUCAACAUAUUUAAAAUAAAGUAAAAUGACAAGCCCCUAUAUAGGCUUUAACAAUUUUGCUAACUUUUGUCAUUUAUCCCCUCCAGUUUUUUUUUUUUUGCAUCUAUUGAGUUGAUCAUAUGGUUUCUAUUCAUCAAUUUGAUAAUAUGGUGUAUCGCAUUGAUUGAUUUGCAUACAUUGAAGAAUCCUUGCAUCCCUGGGAUAAAUCCCACUUGAUCAUGGUGUAUGAUCCUUUCAAUGUGUUGUUGGAUUCUGUUUGCUAGUAUUUUGUUGAGGAUUUUUGCACCUAUAUUCAUCAGUGAUAUUGGUCUGUAAUUUUCUUUUUUUUGUAGUAUUUUUGUCUGGUUUUGGUAUCAGGGUGAUGGUGACUUCAUAGAAUGAGUUUGGGAGUGUUCCUCUGCAAUUUUUUGGAGGAGUUGAGAAGGAUGGAUGUUAGCUCUUCUCUAAAUGUUUGAUAGAAUUCACCUGUGAAGCCAUCUGGUCCUGGACUUUUGUGUGUUGGAAGAUUUUUAAUAACAGUUUCAAUUUCAUUACUUGUGAUUGGUCUGUUCAUAGUUUCUAUUUGUUCCUGGUUCAGUCGUGGAAGGUUAUACCUUUCUAAGAAUUUGUCCAUUUUUUCUAGGUUGUCCAUUUUAUUGGCAUAGAGUUGCUUGUAGUAGUCUCUUAGGAUGUUUUGUAUUUCUGUGUCUGUUGUAACUUCUCCUUUUUCAUUUCUAAUUUUAUUGAUUUGAGUCCUCUCCCUCUUUUUCUUGAUGAGUCUGGCUAAUGGUUUAUCAAGUUUGUUUAUCUUCUCAAAGAACCAGCUUUUAGUUUUAUUGAUCUUUGCUAUUGUUUUCUUUGUUUCUAUUUCAUUUAUUUCUGCUCUGAUCUUUAUGAUUUCUUUCCUUCUGCUAACUUUGGGUUUUGUUUGUUCUUCUUUCUCUUGUUCCUUUAGGUGUAAGUUUAGAUUGUUUAUUUGAGAUUUUUCUUGUUUCUUGAAGUAGGCUUGUAUAGCUAUAAACUUCCCUCUUAGAACUGCUUAUGCUGCAUCCCAUAGGUUUGGGAUCGUCGUGUUUUCACUGUCAUUUGUCUCUAGGUAUUUUUCGAUUUCCUCUUUAAUUUCUUCAGUGAUCUCUUGGUUGUUUAGUAACAUAUUGUUUAGCCUCCAUGUGUUUGUUUGUAUUUUUUAUGUUUUUUUCCCUGUAAUUGAUUUCUAAUCUCAUAGCAUAGUGGUCAGAAAAGAUGGCUUGAUAUGAUUUCAAUUUUCUUAAAUUUACUGAGGCUUGAUUUAUGACCCAAGAUGUGAUCUAUCCUGGAGAAUGUUCCGUGUGCACUUGAGAAGAAAGUGUAAUCUGCUGUUUUUGGAUGGAAUGUCCUAUAAAUAUCAAUUAAAUCUAUCUGGUCUAUUGUGUCAUUUAAAGCUUCUUUUCCAUAUUUAUUUUCAUUUUGGAUGAUCUGUCCAUUGGUGUAAGUGAGGUGUUAAAGUCCUCCACUAUUAUUGUGUUACUGUCGAUUUCCUCUUUUAUAGCUGUUAGUAGUUGCCUUAUGUAUUGAGGUGCUCCUAUGUUGGGUGCAUAUAUAUUUAUAAUUGUUUUAUCUUCUUCUUGGAUUGAUGUCUUGAUCAUUAUGUAGUGUCCUUCCUUGUCUCUUGUAACAUUCUUUAUUUUAAAGUCUAUUUUAUCGGAUAUGAGUAUUGCUACUCCAGCUUUCUUUUGAUUUCCAUUUGCAUGGAAUAUCUUUUUCCAUCCCCUCACUUUCAGUCUGUAUGUGCCCCUAGGUCUGAAGUGGGUCGCUUGUAGACAGCAUAUAUAUGGCUCUUGAUUUUGUAUGCGUUCAGCAAGCCUGUGUCUUUUGGUUGGAGCAUUUAAUCCAUACAUGUUUAAGGUAAUUAUCAAUAUGUAUGUUACUAUGACCAUUUUCUUAAUUGUUUUGGGUUUGUUUUUGUAGGUCCUUUUCUUUUCUUGUGUUUCCCACUUAGAAAAGUUCCUUUAACAUUUGUUAUAGAGCUGGUUUAGUAGUGCUGAAUUCUCUUAGCUUUUGCUUGUCUCUAAAGGUUUUGAUUUCUCCAUCGAAUCUGAAUGAGAUCCUUGCCAGGUAGAGUAAUCUUGGUUGUAGGUUUUUCCCUUUCAUCACUUUAAGUAUAUCAUGCUACUGCCUUCUGGCUUGUAGAGUUUCUGCUGAGAAAUCAGCUGUUAACCUUAUGGGAGUUCCCUUGUAUGUUGUCAUUUUUCCCUUGCUGCUUUCAAUAAUUUUUCUGUGUCUUUAAUUUUUGCCAGUUUGAUUACUAUGUGUCUCAGCAUGUUUCCCCUUGGAUUUAUCCUGUAUGGGACUUUCUGCGCUUCCUGGACUUGAGUGGCUAUUUCCUUUCCCAUGUUAGGGAAGUUUUCGACUAUAAUCUCUUCAAAUAUUUUCUCAGGUCCUUUCUCUCUCUCUUCUCCUUCUGGGACUCCUAUAAUGUGAGUGCUUCUGUGUUUAAUGUUGUCCCAGAGGUCUCUUAGGCUGUCUUCAUUUCUUUUCAUUCUUUUUUCUUUAUUCUGUUCUGCAGCAGUGAAUUCCACCAUUCUGUCUUCCAGGUCACUUAUCCGUUCUUCUGCCUCAGUUAUUCUGCUAUUGAUUCCUUCUAGUGUAGUUUUCAUUUCAGUUAUUGUAUUGUUCAUCUCUGUUUGUUUGUUCUUUAAUUCUUCUAGGUCUUUGUUAAACAUUUCUUGCAUCUUCUCGAUCUUUGCCUCCAUUCUUUUUCCGAGGUCCUGGAUCAUCUUUACUAUCAUUAUUCUGAAUUCUUUUUCUGGAAUGUUGCCUAUCUCCACUUCAUUUAGUUGUUUUUCUGGGGUUUUAUCUUGUUCCUUCAUCUGGUACAUAGCCCUCUGCCUUUUCAUCUUGUCUGUCUUUCUGAAUGUGGUUUUUGUUCCACAGGCUGCAGGAUUGUAGUUCUUCUUGCUUCUGCUGUCUGCCCUCUGGUGGAUGAGUCUAUCUAAGAGGCUUGCAUAAGUUUCCUGAUGGGAGGGACUCCAGUUUUUUGUUUUUUAUUUUGCUUGGAGAGAGUGAGUUGGUUGUUUUGGAAUAUUUAAAGCCAAUCUCAGACAUUAUGACAUUUCAUGCAUAAAUAGUUUCAUUAUAAGAGAUAAACAAUUCUUGACAGUCUCUGCCCUAAAUCAUAUUUGAGAACGAAUUCUCAAAGAAGAAUUCUCCCUCUUAUGGAGGCCUUCUCUCCACAAGAGGCAAGCUUAAUAGAGAACGUGGGAGCUUCCUUUCCCUCCCUCAGAGGGCAACCAGAACUUGACCAACAACUUCUCAAGGUGACCUUGUAAGAGGACCCUCUUGGUCUCCCCACUGGGGUAUUCAUUUAUGAGAACAACAGGCAACCCAAAACUUCAUAAUGAGGGUGGUCCAGAAGGAAUACUAGAUGCCUGUAAUGAUCAGACCAACUUAUUAGUAAGCUGAAACUACAUGAUCAACUGCUAACUUUUAACAAGCAUCAGAGUGAUUCAUGCAUUAAGAGUUCAGUGGUAGUAGUUAAUUGUUGGUUUUCUGGAAGCCACUGAAGAACAAAAUAAUAAUAGUAAGUACUCUCUAACAUGUUCAUAUAGGACAUUUCCCCAGGAGCUCAAAGUGCCCUCAUUUACCUACUUUCAUUGGUUUUCAUCUUUAUUUUUCUUGAAAUAAUGUGUAAAUGAAUACUAAAAAAUUAGAAUUUAUUGUAAUUCACUUCCCUCUAAGCAUUCCUGCUUGAUCAUAUUUUUUUCUUAGUAUUACCCAUCACAUUUACCUACCCAUCACAUUUAACUAACUGCUAAGAUGAAAAAUGAAGCAGAAAUUUAAUACUCCUUUUCUAUUUCCUUCCUCAUUUGGUGCCAUACUUCCUCUUCAUGAGGAAUUUUCUCUUCUUUUUUUUGGUUGGUGUCCACCCCUUACCUUGAUCCUCUUCUGGUGUUUUCUAAGGUAAUUAUUUUGUGCUUCAAUACCCAGUGCUCUAAUAGUCUAGAAGUGUGGUAUAACCUGCUUUGAAAGAUCCCUUUAUGGCCAAUUUAACUUACCAUACUUUAUCAUUUAUAAAUAUCGACUUAAUCAACAAAGUGUAUUUGCAACCAGUAUUCUUGGUGCCAUAAACUAGUGUUUAUCACCUGCAGUUCCCAAAUUGACACAUUAACCUGCUGCCAAAAACUGGUUCCAUCUUUAUCUCUACCUGUGGAUGUUUGCUUCCUAAAACUUUCGGAGAGAUAUGCACUGGGAAUGUUCAUUUUUUCAUUCAACAUUGGGCAAAUGUUUAUUGGGCACUUUCUAUGUGCCAGGCAUUCUUUUACGUGCUGAGAUUUUCACUUAGCCUUUUUGCUUCUAAAGAAUGCUGGGGUUAGAAGGAGGAGGAACCUUCCCUCAUGGUCCAAUGGUUAAGACGCCACGCUUCCACUGAAGGAGGGUACAGGGUUCCAUCCCUGGUCGGGCAUUCCCGCAAACUGUGCAGCACAUCCAAACAUAAAUAAAUAAAUAAAGCUGGACUGAGGAUGAAGUGGGCAUUCUCUAGGCUCCUGUACAUCAUUUAAACAAUUUGUAUAUUUUUGUUAUUCAUUUGUUUAGCAGUUUGGCUUUCCAUGGUCAGUUUCCCACUCCAUCUUAUCUUUUUUUUAUAUAUAUAAAUUUAUUUUAUUUUAUUUUAUCUUAUUUUUGGCUGCACUGGGUCUUCGUUGCUGCACACAGGCUUCCUCUGGUGCGGUGAGCGGGGGCUGCUCUUCACUGCUGUGCACGGACUUCUCAUUGGGGUGGCUUCUCUUAUUGCGGAGCACAGGCUCUAGGCGCGCGGGCUUCAGUAGUUGUGGCAUGUGGGCUCAGUAGUUGUGGUUUGCAGGCUCUACAGCGCAGGCUCAGUAGUUGUGGCACACGGGCUUAGGUGCUCUGCAGCAUGUGGGAUCUUCCCAGACCAGAGUUUGAACCCAUGUCCUCUGAAUUGGCAGGCGGAUUCUUAAUCACUGCGUCCCCAGGUAAGUCCUAGAUACAUUCUCAGUAAGAUAUUGAGACAAAGCAAACUCCUAUGAAAAUUUAGGCACUUUAGUAUAUAAGCAAUUAUAUCCUAUUUGCCAAAAGAGUUUUGUUUGUUUGUUUGUUGUUUUGGCUGUGUCACAUGACAUGUGGGAUCUUAGUUCCCUGAACAGGGAUCAAACCUGUGCCUCCUGCAGUGUACGCGUGGAGUCGACCACUGGACCACCAUGGAAGUUCCAAAAGGUUUUUUUUUUUUUUUUUUGGCUGCCUUGGGUAUUCGUUGCUGUGCGUGGGCUUUCUCUAGGUGCAGUGAGCGAGGGGCUACUCUUCAUUGCAGUGUACAGGUUUCUCAUUGUGAUGGCUUCUCUUGUUGCAGAGCAUGGGCUCUAGGCGCAUGGACUUCAGUAGUUGCAGCACGUGGGCUCUAGAGCUCAGGCUCAGUAGUUUUGAAACACGGGCUUAGUUGUUCCACAGCAUGUGGGAUCUUCCUGGACCAGGGCUCGACCCCGUGUCCUCUGCAUUGGCAGGCAGUUUCUUAACCACUGCGCCACCAGGGAAGACCCAGCGUUUUUUUUUUUAAGCCUGUUUUCAAAUUUUUAUAACCAUGAACCCCCAAACAAUCAGCAACUUCAUUUCAGCAUUACUUGGGGACUUCCCUGGUGGUGCAGUGGUUAAGAAUCCACCUGCCAAUGCAGGGGACAUGGGUUGGAUCCGUGGUCCGGGAAGAUCCCACAUGCCAUGGAUCAACUAAGCCCAUGUGCCACGACUACUGAGCCUGUGCUCUAGAGCCCGCGAGCCACAACUACUGAGCCCACAUGCCACAACUACUGAAGCCUGCGUGCCUAUAGCCCGUGCUCCGCAACAAGAGAAGCCUCUGCAAUGAUAAGCCUGUGAGCUGCAACGAAGAGUAGCCCCCGUUCGCUGCAACUAGCAAUAGCCCGUGCACAACGAAGACCCAACACAGCCAAAAAUUAAAAAAAAAAAAAAACUAUUAAAAAAAAUUUUUUAAAAAGAAGUAUUACUUAA